CUCAGCCAAAGACACCGAGACGAAAACUCAGGUGACAGCCCGCUACAAGCGCGCGCCUUCGAUAUUGAAUUCUCAGUUCUCGUGACGCUCCAUCGUUUUUCUGUGAACCUCUUUUCGUGCAUUCAACAUCCACAAUGGUGAAAGGACCCGCGAUCGGAAUCGAUCUAGGAACCACCUAUUCUUGUGUUGGUGUAUUCCAACAUGGGAAAGUCGAGAUCAUCGCCAAUGAACAAGGUAACCGAACAACUCCUUCGUAUGUUGCCUUCACCGACACCGAACGACUCAUCGGUGAUGCUGCCAAGAACCAGGCCGCCAUGAACCCUGAGAACACAGUCUUCGACGCUAAACGACUCAUCGGACGACGUUAUGACGACACCAGCAUUCAGGGCGACAUGAAACAUUGGUCAUUCCAAGUGAAGAACGACGGAGGCCGACCGAAGAUUCAGGUGGACUUCAAAGGAGAGCGCAAAUCUUUCUACCCGGAAGAAAUUUCGUCGAUGGUUCUGACGAAAAUGCGC